CGCUCGAGCGCUUUAAAUCCCAUCAGCUGCGGUCUUCCUCCGGCCAUUCGCACUGAACCGGAGUCCCCGCCGCCGCGCCAGCAUCCCGAACCACAUCAGCCCAGGAUGAGUGAAACUGCCAUUUCUUUCGCCAAGGACUUCUUGGCUGGUGGCAUCGCCGCCGCCAUUUCCAAAACAGCUGUAGCCCCCAUCGAGAGAGUCAAGCUUCUCCUUCAGGUCCAACAUGCCAGCAAGCAGAUCGCCGCUGACAAACAGUACAAAGGGAUUGUGGACUGCGUGGUCCGCAUCCCCAAGGAGCAGGGCUUCCUCUCGUUCUGGAGAGGUAAUCUGGCCAACGUCAUCCGAUACUUCCCCACGCAGGCCCUCAACUUUGCAUUCAAGGACAAGUACAAGAAGAUUUUCCUGGACGGUGUGGACAAACGCAAGCAGUUCUGGAGAUACUUUGCGGGCAACUUGGCCUCCGGUGGCGCCGCCGGAGCCACCUCGCUCUGUUUCGUCUACCCGCUGGACUUCGCCAGGACCCGUCUGGCGGCUGACGUGGGCAAAGCCGGGGCGGAGCGUGAGUUUAAAGGCUUGGGCGACUGCUUGGUGAAGAUCACCAAGUCGGAUGGCAUCAAGGGUCUUUACCAGGGAUUCAGCGUGUCGGUGCAGGGCAUCAUCAUCUACAGAGCCGCGUACUUUGGUGUCUAUGACACAGCCAAGGGCAUGCUUCCAGACCCCAAGAACACACACAUUGUUGUCAGCUGGAUGAUCGCACAGUCUGUGACGGCGGUGGCGGGUCUGGUCUCCUACCCCUUUGACACCGUCCGCCGUCGCAUGAUGAUGCAGUCAGGACGUAAAGGAGCCGACAUCAUGUACUCCGGCACCCUGGACUGCUGGAGGAAGAUCGCCCGCGACGAGGGAGGCAAGGCCUUCUUCAAAGGAGCCUGGUCCAACGUGCUCAGAGGCAUGGGUGGAGCCUUUGUACUUGUCUUGUACGAUGAGCUCAAGAAAGUCAUCUAAGCUCUUCUCAUGUCCCCCGUGUUGGUGUUUAACUGUAACAUAUCUUGUACAUUUGGAUGGACUGAAAUGUCAUAAUAUAUUUAUAGGGACCAGCUAGUAUUUUGCUACUAGUUGUACUGGGGAAAUAGUGGCUCACGCUGUUUUGUUUCGCUCCGCCUCCAAACCAGAAUGUCGCACCCUGAACAGACUCUAACAGAACAGAGAAAUAAAGUCAAACU